GGAAUUAAUCACUCGUCCCCGCUCCCGUUUCGGACCAGUAACUAUGCUGUAGUUGGAAGUAGAGGCAAAUGCGCUGGUAAAGUUGUUGGCCAUCAAUCCCUGCAAUCUGCAAUAAAAGCGAAACCCGAACGGCAGCUCAGCGCCGUUGAGGCAGGGAGCUUCUCCUACGCCGAGUUGCUCGCCGCAUUCCAGAAUCGAAGAUCGGAGGAGAGAAGACGGAAGAAGAGUUGAAGCCAUGGUAGGACCAAACCGGCCACUUUUCGUUCUCUUCGGGUCUUCGAUCGUUCAGUACAGCUUCAGCAACGGCGGAUGGGGCUCCAUUCUCGCUGACAUCUACGCGCGCAAGGCUGACAUUCUUUUGCGCGGAUAUAUUGGCUGGAACUCGAGGCGUGCACUACAGGUGCUCGAUAAAAUCUUUCCCAAGGAUGCAACAGUGCAACCUUCUCUAAUUAUUGCUUAUUUUGGCGGCAACGAUUCAAUUGGACCUUAUCCAUCUGGCUUAGGCCCUCAUGUACCACUGCCUGAAUAUAAGGAGAACAUGAGAAAGAUUGCUGCUUACCUUAAGAAUCUGUCAGAAACCACGCGUGUUAUUUUCCUUAGUUGUCCUCCUCUCAACGAAGAAAGGCUUCUUCAAUCUACAAGCCCUGCAUUAAGCGAGAUAGUUCGGACGAAUGAAACCUGCCGGCUAUACUCUGAAGCUUGCAUACAAGUUUGCGAGGAGUUUAACUUGAAGGUUAUUGACCUCUGGACUUCAUUUCAACAAAGGGAUGAUUGGGCUGAUACAUGUUUUACUGAUGGUCUCCAUUUUUCAUCUGAAGGGAGUAAGAUAGUUGUGGAGCAAAUACUGAAGAUUCUCAAAGAGGCAGAUUGGAAUCCAUCUCUUCAUUGGAAGUUUAUGGCGACAGAGUUUGCAGAGGAUUCAUCUUAUGAUCUUGUUGCUUCUGAUGGAAUCUCCACCAUUAAUCCUUCGGAGUGGACUUUUCACAGAGAAAUUCAGUGGGAUUAGAUUUCUUCUGCUCUAUUUUGUUCCUGAACGUUUACCUGUAGUUCUUCCUUGAUUUGAAAGUUCUUCAUAUGGUCUUAAGGAAAUAUAGCCGUUGUUUAUUACCGUUAAAUUUAAACUCAUAUAUAUGGAAGGUAGUUCAUUAUGAUCAGAUUGGUGGGCUGUAUCAGAUCAUUAUGCUUCAUAUUGUGAAUUGUAAAUGGGAUCUGCUGCU